GAGUUCUCAACAAAGGUUAAAUGAAUGGAAAUAUUUUGUCAUGCAAAGUGAGCUUAAUAGACCGCUAGUACAAACACUGUUAAAUGAUCGAUCAUUUAACAGUGUUUGUACUAGCGGUCUAUUAAGCUCACCUUGCAUGAAACUCUCUCUCCGAAGAGCUUUUUCAGAUCGGAUCUGAUCGAUCAUUUAACAGUGUUUGUGCUAACGGUCUAUUAAGCUCACUUUGCAUGACAAAAUAUUUCCAUUCAUUUAACCUUUGUUGAGAACUCGGUGUUCCCACACUACUCGCGGGUUUACAUGAUCUGUAAUCGCCUUAGACCAGGGUGAAAAACUUGAUUGCACUAUUUUUCACUCGAAAUUUAUCGUUUUAUACAUAGUUCGAUGCGGUUUGACGAGCUGAGACUUCCGUAUUAAGUUCUAACAAUGGGAUCUUUUUAAAGUUCUCAUAAACGACUUGCGAUUCAUGCAGAUGAUUUCAAUUAAGUCGAGAGAAUCGUUAACUUGGUCAGAAAAAUAUUAUUUCACUGCGAAAUACUGAUUUUAGACCGCUUUUUGUUACAGGAGAUUUUGAAGCUAUAAGGAAAAAUAUUUUUAAAAAAAGAUAGCCCAUAGUCUAGAAGUUAUUACUCAUUAUUCGAAAUCAAAAAGUGUACACUUUCACUUUUUAACUAAAAAUCCCCAUUAUUGUCUAUACUUUAAAAAAAGUGUACCCCAAACCGCUCUUUUUAGGAACCGCUUUUCCGCUAAACGCUUUCUAGAAAGAUCACUUUUAAGAUAGACAGCAGAGGGAACACUUUUGAGAAGUGAUUUACAAUAGAAUACAUUUGUAACAAAUCACUUUUGGAAACACUGCGCUGAAGUGGUAAAAGUAUUCCAAAAGCGAAUGCUCCAGCAGCAAUAACGUAUUCCUUAGUGUAGCGUUUAAAAACCUGUCUACAGAAAAAGCAUGGAAAACAGAUUCUUUUCAGCUGCACAUUUAUUUACAGUAUACUGUGCCCUUGUUUAACCCUUAGAUGAGGUUUUGAAAAUGCAUUUAACUAUCAACGAGAUGAGAUAUAAAAAUGGCCUAUUUUUUCUGCUCCACCAAUUAUCGGUCUUUUGUUUUUAAAAAUAUUCCAUGUUGAUUCCUUUUUGAUAUCGAAUACAUAAUUCAGCAAUAUAUAUUACCUUUUCUCGAAUUUUCGUUUAAAUAUAGACCAUUCGUUUACGCGUUUCUUUUAGCUCCUUCGGUGACAUUUGCUGGAAAAUUAGCGGGUGUUAUUAUUGGCUUUUUUCUAUUUCUGCUAAGCAUGAUUGUGAUGUAUAUAAUACUGGCUUGUGUCGGUAUUCGUGAAGGUUAUUUUAUGACAAAUGAACCAUAUGAAGGCGGUACCACGUAUGCCCUGAUAUCAUCAACACAUCCAAAUACUUCACAAUAUAUUCCGCAAGAUCAUUGGAAAACGGUAGAAGCAAGUAAUAAAAAUCAUCCAGCUUAUUAUUCAGAUACAUAUAAUUCUCAACAACGACACGAAGAACCAAUGUCUACACCUUAUAUAAACUACAAUGAUAACACUGACGUGCGACGACAACCACAACCCACACAGUACUAUGAAAAUCAACCGCAGCACACGCAACAUCACCAGGAACCCGAGCAUACGCAGUAUUAUCAAAAUCAACCACCACAUCAACAACAAAUUGAUUCAAGUCCACGUACUCAGCAACAAAAAGAUAAAAACUUUGUCAUAGAAAUGCCUGAAAAAUUUUUGGCAGGACGAAAUAUAUCCCCACGAUCACGCGAACGAAGUAUACAAAAGGUUGUUACCGAUAUUGGACACAUAGUUGAAGAUGCUAAAAAACGCUAUAAUGGAAAUGUGCCAAAUAAAGUUAUUGUACAAGUAGAUAAAAAUUUACAACAAUAA